AUGGAUAACCUAUUAGUGCUUGGAUUCCAUGUACCGCAAAAUCAGCCGAAAAAAUACCGAGAAAGGAUGCUCACCAUCAAUGAUUUGUCGGACCGUGAGCUUCGGGCAAGGUAUCGGUUUGGGAGAGCUGGGUUAGAGUUUAUCACGGACAUUGUAAGAGCGGAUAUAGAGCACCCAACAAAAAGAAGCAAGGCACUAAGCCCUGAAAUGCAGGUACUUAUUGCCCUGAGAUAUUAUGCAACGGGCAGUUUUAUGCAAGUGGUUGGAGACACGGUCGGGGUAGAUAAAUCAACUGUCAGCCGCUGCAUCACUAGAGUUUCCACAGUUCUUGCCUCUAAAGCUGGCGAUUUCAUUAAAUGGCCAUCAGAAGACAGAAAGCGUGAAAUUAAAAAUGUUUUUUAUGAAAAUGGUGGAUUUCCUGGAGUUAUAGGAUGCAUUGAUGGCACCCACGCGAGGAUACAGGCCCCUGCACAAGAUGAACCGUCUUUUGUAAACCGCAAAGGAUACCACAGUAUAAACGUUCAGGCUAUAUGUGACCAUGAGGGGCGUUUCACAAAUCUGGUAGCCAGAUGGCCAGGCAGUGUGCAUGACAGCCACAUCUUAAGAUGCUCGAAAAUUCUGGAACAUCUGGAGUUAACGCAUAAGCGUGUGGAGGAAGGCAUAGUCUUAGGUGAUAGCGGUUAUGGAUGCAAAAGUUUUUUGAUGACACCGUUCAUGAGACCGACAGAGGAUUGCCAUGAAAGGUUUAAUAGAGCACAUACUAAGACCAGAUGUUGUAUUGAAAGGACAUUCGGCUGGUGGAAAAAAAGAUUCAACUGUUUACAUUCUGGAGUACGUGUUCACCCAGAAAAGGCUUGCACUAUGAUUAUGGCAUGUGCAGUGCUCCACAACAUUGCUAUAAACUUCAAGGAACCAAUGGAUGAUGCUGAUGAGGUUGAUGAUGCGUGUAUAGAUAUACCCUUUAGAGGUCCAGAGGAAGGUCGUACUGUACGUGACCACAUUUGCAGAGCAUUUUUUGGUUAA